UCUUCUUCUUCUUCGUUGGUAUUUGACGCUCGGAGCGGUCCCUCCCCCGGUGGUACGGACUCUCUCUCCCGGUGCCUCGUCACUCCGCGCUGGAAGAUGGCUGCGGCGGACCGGCCCCCGGUCAGGGAAGGGAUCCGGAUCUUCUUGCUGUGUGUGUGUUGGUACACGGUCAGCUCGGGGGGCAACAUCGUCAACAAGAUCAUCCUGAACGGGUUCCCGUACCCGGUCACGGUCUCUCUGUUCCACAUCAUCUCCAUCGUCGUGUUCCUCCCGCCGCUGCUGCGGGCAUGGGGAGUCCCAAAAUCCGAGCUGCCGAGCAGGUACUACCGCUGGUACAUCCUGCCUCUCGCCUUCGGGAAGUACUUCGCCUCAGUGACGGCUCACUUCAGCAUCUGGAAGGUCCCCGUGUCAUACGCGCACACCGUCAAAGCCACGAUGCCGAUAUGGGUCGUGCUGCUAUCAAGAAUAAUCAUGAGGGAGAAGCAAACCACAAAGGUCUACGUGUCGCUCAUCCCCAUCAUCGGAGGAGUGCUGCUGGCCACGGUGACCGAGCUCUCCUUUGAUGUCUCGGGACUGAUCAGUGCUCUGGCCGCCACGCUCUGCUUCUCUCUGCAGAACAUUUUCUCCAAAAAGGUGCUGCGUGACACGAGGAUCCACCACCUGAGGCUGCUCAACAUCCUGGGCUUCAACGCCGUGAUCUUCAUGCUGCCCACCUGGGUCCUGGUGGACCUGUCUGUGUUCCUCGUGAACGGAGACCUGUCCGAAGUCUCAGAGUGGACGAGCACCUUCCUCCUCCUCCUCAUCAGCGGUUUCUGCAACUUUGCGCAGAACGUCAUCGCCUUCAGCGUGCUCAACCUGGUCAGCCCGCUCAGCUACGCCGUCGCCAACGCCACCAAGAGGAUCAUGGUCAUUAGCAUCUCGCUGCUAAUGCUGCGCAACCCGGUGACGCUCACCAACGUGAUGGGUAUGAUGACGGCUAUUGUGGGGGUCUUCCUCUACAACAAGGUGAGUGACCAGGCCAAGUACGACUCCAACCAUCAGAAGAAACUGCUCCCAAGCGCCAAGCAGGACCUGAUGUCCUUCGACAACCCGGCGCUGGAGAAGAUCCAGCCCAACGGGUCAGUGCCUUUCCCCCACGGCUCAGAGCAGCAGCACAACUGGAACAACGUGCUCACCGACCACUUCCAGUACAGCCGGCAGGCCUACACGACAAACUACAGCGGCAACCACCAGUACGUGGUGUAAAGCAGGAGCGCGUCCUCGCUCAGGCUCGCCGUCAUAGACGUUACCGUGUGUGUUCGGGGUCUCUCUGCCACCACACACCAGACUGAAGACAAGUGCUGUUAGCUGGGGGCUUCGGAAGAAUGAGACGAGUCCCUCUUUACGGGCCGGUGACGUGACCUCUCCCACAAUCCUCCCCGUGUGAACUUCACUCUCUGUACGCCGUUAUUUAUUUAUUCCUUUGGUACGAACUGUUUGGGAUCAUCCGAGACAGAAACCUUAAAUCAGCUGAUUUCAAACUCUGAGGACAAAUUCAGACGUUUCACCCGACACGUAAAGAGCCACAGCGGGCGGACAGUCAGAGGUCGAUUCUUCACUUUCAGACGACGGAGGUCAGCUGUAGUUAUUUACUUAACAAGAGUCAUGAUUCAUGUGAGGAAGGACGCUCAGAGGAGGGGGGCCUUCACAUUCAGGUUUCUGGGAUCGUCUCUGUUCUUCAUCAGGCAUCGUGACGACAUGACGAACAUGACUCUGUUAAACGAGUCCUGUUACGCUUAAAGCUAGUAAAGAUCACUUCCUGGUUCAGGUGCCUGAUGGAGAAACAUUUCCAGAUUCCAAAAACAUCCAUGCAAAACAAACAUGCUGUAAACGUAUUGCUUACACAGAUCAGUGAAACUUCUGCUGCUGUCAUGAAUCGUUCUUUUCUGCACACACACACACACACACACACACACACACACACACACACACACACACACACACACACACACACACACACACACACACACACACACACACACACACACACACACACAGAGCCCAGAGUCUUUGAUCUGAAACAACCCGUCAGUAAAACACAGAGUGAGACGAGUUCUGUCACAGAACAGUCGGUGACCUCCCACAGAUCGCUCCUGAAAUGAUCCGCCGUGAAGCGUCCUCACAGUUCACGCCGCCGCCGCCGCGCUGAGAGCCGCGAGGAUGAUUCACGUCUCUUCAGGGCUUCUGUAAAAUGUACUUUAGAUGAUGAAGGCUUUAUUUUGCAGUCACAGAACGUAGCAGGAGAACCCGUUUAGAAUCCAAGGUCGUUUUUUAAACACUGAUUAUUAAUAUUUAUAGAUCUGCGAAGCUCCUCAGGCAGAGUGAGACCUCUCCUGUCGGCUGAUUCCGUUCAGCGUCAACCAAAGCUGCUUUCUUUUGUCUCUGCUUUGUUUUUCAAUCGAGGGCCCGGUUUGCACAUCAUGAAACAGCUUGUGACUCUUUCUACAUCUCUGGUGUUUGAUUAAAAGCCUGGUCGCUGCACGGAGGAGACAAAUCAACGUUUGGUUGGUGUGAUUAAAGAUGAAACUGUAACUCAAAGCAGACGAGAGGUUUCGUUCUCACUCGUGAUUCUGUGCUCUGAACUAAUUCUGCUUUAUUUUGAAAAGCCUUUUUUUUUUUACUACUCGAGGAACUGUUCAGACUCCUGCUUCUUCUCCCUCCAGGACAGCUUCUGCUUUCUCGGAUGCACACUGAGCAUCUCACCGCAGCAAUAUGAAGAUUUAGCAUUAAUUUGUGUGUGCAGCCCGACUGUGUCAGCGUCUGGAAUGAGCUCCUGCUUGUUUUAUUUUGUAGGGACAGUGCACAUCUAAUUGGUGCAGGAGUGCCAGUUGUAGCCGAUGAGCUUCUUUUUUUUUUUAAAGUCGUGGACGUCGGUGAGGAGAGAGUAUGCGGUUAAAUAUGCUAAUUGUAAUAUUUUUUUAGAGUACUAUUUUUGCCUUCUUUGACGAAAUCAUAACUCUGUCGUGAUAUUUGGUACGAAAAAAGAGAUAGUGUCUCUAUCAGUAACUGUCUGUUUCCCCUUUUGAUGAUUUUUGGAGACGUGGCGAGACGUGUGGACCGCCUCUCUCAAGCAGAGACGGAGGUAACAAGUCCCCGUUUUUUAGAAGAAGACAGACCGAUUUCAAAACGUCCUCCAAACUCUCAAAAGUCCAUUUUUUUGUUCAGCCUGUUUGUUCAUGCGUUCAUAUUUGUAUGCUGUGGCGCUGCAUGCUGUGGUGUUACACGGGACUUCCACCAGAUCCGUGUCCGGUCCGUCUCCGUAGCCUCUCGCCUGUCAACACCCACCGGUUGCGUUUUCAGAACUCAUUUCAGCUGGAGUCAUGUGACCGAGGUUUUCCCGCUGUAAUCACUGAAUCAAGGAUUCUCCUCCUCCUCCUCUCCUCAUCCAUGUUGUCUUUCUGGUCCUCUGAAAACCUCUGACCUGUUGACUCCAGGCCUGGCUCCACUCUAAAUUACAUUUUGUUGUUGUUGUAGUUAAGUGAAAUACGAUCUGGUGAUAACACAGAGUGUUUUAUUCUGAAAAUUAACCGGAUGUUUUCAUUUUGUUUUGGUGAAACCUGACUUCCUGUCCCGCUCCAUCUGCUCUGUUGAGAUUGAUGCGUCGAAGUCUUGUGUAUCUGAUCCGGAGGGGUCCAACCUGCUGGAUCAGAGACGCAGCCAGAACGCAACAGAGCGGAUCCAGUGGAAGUUAACACACUGAUUAGAAUAAAAACCUAUCAGAUCCGGUGCUGUGACGGAUCAGAGACGGAUCACAGUUUCCUGACACCACAGACCGCAGCUUUAAAAAGUGAAGGAGUGGAUUCAGCGUCCCUCAAACUUAUCAGCAAUCAAUUAAAUCAAUUAAAUCGAUCAAUGUCUGAAAGUUAAUCCAACACCACGUCUCUGUUUCCUGUUUUUAAAUCAUCCAUCACCGACGUUUUCUUCCCUCGACUUUGAAAUGUGAUGAACUUCAAUGUAGACAAUACUGCGCUCUGAAAACCUCUCUGGAUAUUUCACUGACAGCUUCAACUCUUCAUCCAAAACACAGACGUAUACGUUCCUGUAAGUCGUCAUCAGAAGGAGACUUUCAGAAUAAAAUGAUGCAGUAUUUCAAAAUAAAUUCAAGUCAGAUAGAAAACCAAGUCUGUCAGACUGGAGCAAUAAAUCAGAGGACAUUGCACGUCUCUUUUUAGGUUAAUGUGUUUGUGUAAGAAGUCAAUGAAGCUGCAGAGAAACAUCCAAACAAACUUCAACAGAGAAGUUUCUCAACACUUUCCUGAGAAAAGUCGACCGUCAGUCUCGGGUGUUUCCAAACUCCCCGGGUCGUAUCCGGACUUUCAACACGUAGAUGCAUCAUAGAAAACAACAACGAGCUCUGUUUGAAUCCGUUCACUCAAACCGUGCUCGAGCAGCUUCUCCUUCAUCUCCUCGUCUUUUUAUUUUCUCUUCUUCUGUCAUGUUGCCAAAAGCAGAGUCUGUAAUCUUUGUGGUGCUGAUGAGCUGCAGCACGGAGGCCUUGUUUGCAGGUGAGCAAGAUGUAAACAGUUCAUAAACGACGACGACGUGUUGUUGUUUAUGGAUUCUGAAAUGAUUGUUUAUUUGUGUACAGCGGGAGGAGAGAGCUCUAGAUUGAUUAAAGGAGUGAGCUGAUGUAAAUGACUGAAGGAGGAAGAGGAGGAUGAAGAGGAGGGGGGGGGUUACUUUGUUAAACUUGUACAAUUAUUAUUUUUGUGCGUCUUUAAAAGAUCUUCAGAGUUUUUACUUAACCGAUGUUUAUAGAUUUUUAUUUAUGUGUCCAGGUACAAAGAUGUUGUACAGAGGUGCAGCUUUGCACAGUCUCGUGUGCUUAUGUUUAGUAAAUGCUAUUUUUCAAUGUUGGGGGAAAAUAAAUGCAUCAUGGAAUACUGAA